AUGGAGGCUGGGGGAUCGCCGGACGCGGACCUUGGCCCACAGAGGAGAGAAACUCCCCACCUCCGAGAAAGGCGCGAACAGUUCAACCGUGUGCGUCGCACUAGUCCACUCCUACAACAACUGCGGGGGGCCGCAGCGCCUCCGCUGGACAACCGGGGUCACAUGCUGGAGUGGACUGGGGGAGUGGUGCAGCACAUCCAUGACCUCCAUGCGGAGGGCUUCCUUCCUGACUGCUGUGUUCCCCUCAUCCGGCAGAUGGUGCUCGAGCGAAGGUUUGCGGAGUACGAGAGCGCUGCUGCCCACUACCUGCGCAAUGUGGAAAGCCAGAUAGGCACAUACAUGGGAUGCCAUGCGGUGUGCCGGUUGGACACGGCAUGCAUUGUGGCGUCCAUGGACUUGAUCUACGAGGUGGAGGCCGCGGCGGCGCAUCAGGGGAGGUAUGUACCACGGAGACGCUCAGCCUGGCGGCGGCGGCGGACCAAAAGACUCGGGGCAGAGAACGGACUGCUCUGCGGGAUGGGGAGUCACGCGGUGACAAGGGCAAGAGAGCACCACCGAAGGCGAGACCUGUACCACGGCCCAAGCAUCACGCAGCGCCAGCGGCACGAGCGGGGUCCACCUCAACUCCGACCCCGGCAUCUUCGUCUACGGACCUGGCCCCAAUUUCCCUGGACACGGCGGUUGACACAUGGAUGCUGUGCCUGGGACUCAGACAUGUGGACGACCCGGUCGGUCACGAUCUCCUCCCUGCUCAUGUCUCGGCCAGCAUCGGCGACACCUAUGUGGUCCCACAAUAUGCAGGACCGACAGGUGCUCAUGCUGGCCAUCCACAGGCUUGUCCUCCGACUGCUUGCUGCCAUGGGGGAUGCGAUCCAGACAGCGGUCACUCAUGAGAGGGAAGAAACGAUGGAGGUCGCGGUGGAAGAAGAUGACGAGUACAUCUAUAUGCAAAUGCCCAAGGACUUCCCUGACCUCCUGCUGGCACUCCUGGAACACCGAUGUGCCAAUAAUGCGGCGGGAUGGUUUCUGGGUCACUCAGGAGGGAAUGUGGGGAUGACGGUGGCAGUCCUGGCUACCUUCGUGGGGGAUGCCAACUCCAACGACUGGGCCCGAUGCAGCGAAGAUGGUGUUAAAUGGGCCCUGCAAUGGGCCCAGCGGCUGCAAGUUCACCUACCCCAGCACCCAGGGUCUCGGCAGGCGAGGGGGCUUGUCCCGUGUCGUGGGCCGGUUAUGCUGUUCUCCAAGCCGAUUCCGGAUGACAUUGACAGCGAUGGCGUGGAAGGACGGCCUUUUGGGGCUCUUGCGGCGGCACCAGCCGACGCCAUACUGCUCGGGGACUCUCAUGAAUCGGGAUGUGCAUCGGGGCCUACUGAACCGUCCUCGCACGGACUCACGAACUACCUGGUUGGACUCCGCACGCCUUCGCCCGCUUCGGCUGCUUCGGAGACUGCUGCCGGGCCGCGCAAGGUACGGGUCCUCAUGGUCGAGGUGAGCUCGGGCAGUGCUGAUGUUCCGCGGCGAACGUUGCGACUGCCGUUGAGGCCAAACGGAACAGCCACUGUUCAGCUGCAGUUGGGCAUUACUGAGGAGGAGGACCAGGAUGAGAUUGCCACACAGCCAGCUGGGAAGAAGCACAGGGCUAUAUCGGCGGACUUGGUCUCUUCGCUGGCUGACAGUCGUGACUUGACCGAUGAGCAGAUCCUUCGGCUGUAUGGCAACGAGGUCCUGGAUUUGGUGCAGGUCCGACGUGCCUUGAUGCCGACGGGGUCAGCUACUGGAUGCGGCGAACGAGGUGAUGCGGUGUAG